AUGGCCGAUCAAGUUGCUAAAGAUGAAAAUUCGUUUCGCGGCGAGACGGCAGGCAUGAUAGGACAUGUCGUCAAAGAAGAACCGGUUGAAAACGCAGGAGUCGAUGCCGGUGCCUCGACUUCUCAACUUGUACCUGCUGCCGAUGGAGUAGGUGGCUACGAAGAAGAUCCUCCAGAAAUGAUAGAACCAUCAAACGAGGUAUUCAGUGCAGUUGCUGAGAUCGCAAGCAAUGUACGCGCUGGUCAAGCAGCUCGUGAAAUCUUUGAGCUAAGCCCACUUGAGAGGAGGAUCCGUGAGAACCGCAGUUUUAAUGGGGGCGAUUGGACGAGUGAAGAGCUCAAAGCACUUUAUGACGGAAUAACCAUGUAUGGUACCACAGAUGAAGCACUGGAAGUGAUUCAAAAGAAUUACUGCAUAACACGUUCCUUCGAGCAAGUUCUUGAGAAGGUGAACGAGAUACGAACUAUCAAUAUUGAACAUAGAGAAGAUCGUAUGAGAGCUGAAGGUGAUCACUGGCUAGAAAUAGGAUAUCGAGAUGUUCGAUGUGCUCCUAAAUAUGUCGUGAAACCGGAAAUUGACAAUUGGGAAGCCGGCAUACAGCGUGUGAACCGUCAGUUAAGGUCUCAGAAUGAUCAUCCUAUGCGUACAGCUAUCGAGAAUGCCUUGCUGGACACACCGAACGACUCAGAAACACCUAGGGUUUAUAAGGUGACUGAAUAUCGUCAUGGCCGCAGUUACGGCAAGGAGCAGUCCAUCAGCUGGCAGCGUCUUGGCUCUUUCUUUGCCGGAGUAGUUCGACAUGUACGUCCGUUGCCGGCUCUAAACGCUCUUGAAUGCGCAGUUGCUCUGCGAAUCGUUGACGAUGUUGAGGAAGAAGUGUCUCAAACUAUUACUGACGAAGACAAGGCUAUCAUUCGUGGGUGGCUAACAAACAUUCAGAUGCGCCACUUGUGCGACUUUCUUCCUGAUACACCCUAUACGGUUGAUAACGCAGCGCAGAUUCUAUUGGAUCCUCUGCGCACUCGUCUAUGGAGUAUCCCCGAGCAGAACUGCGAUCUCCAAUUAGGAUCUACAGAUGUGGAAGUGGAAGUCGACUGA